AUGCCUCUGCCCGCCGGUUUCGCGGAGCGGCUUGCCAAGGCUCGGAAAAACGGAGAGCACUGCGACUACGAAAUUCGAUGUCAAGGCAGGACCAUCAAAGUUCACAAGCUCAUCCUCGGCAUCCAGUCUCCGGUUCUGAAGACAGCCUGCACUGGCCCCUUCAAGGAAAGCUCGAAUGGAUUCUACGAAAUUCAAGACUUCGCAGCUGAUGUCGUGAGCGCGGCCGUCGACUGCUUCUACAGCGGCGACUAUGAAGCCCCGACAGCAAUCACGGACGAAACUGCCUCGACACACGAAGCGGCAGGGCCUCUUAUUUUUCACAGCAAAGUUUUCACGUUUGCUGUGUCGCUGCCCACAACAUGA